AUGCUUCCAAAAGGCAUGCGAAAAGAUGGCAAUACAGCGACAAGUGUCACGGCUGCAACUGCUAUCUGCAAUCUGUGUGAGCUCUACACUGGUAAUAGCCUAGAUGGCAAAUGGACAGAGCUGGCGGAAUUGUACGACCAACGACGUAACGUGGACAACUACCGCGAAAUUUUAGAUCUGAGUGCCCCCACUGCUCGCAUGAGUGAACUCAAUGGCUGGCACCUUGAGCGCAUUGCCGUUGGUGAGUUUGACAAAUGCUCAAAAAGAAGCAAAGGAAUUCUUGUAUCGCUGAGGCCUGAGUUUCAAGUUGGUAGGAGUGACAUACAGGGAGGGGGGGCAACCACUACACAGGACAAACCCUUUAAAUACAUUGCGAUAGCAGUUUUAAUGAAAUUAUUCCUUCGCUUACAUCGAGCGUUGCUUGCCUCGCAUAGCUUAUCUACAUACCGCCUUAGAUAUGCUGUUAUUGUCUAUUGGUGGGUAGAGAGUAGCUUUGGUGCAUUUUGGCCAUUUCAAAACACGAAGACAUAA